AUGUUCUACUGGCUAGCGAACAAACCUCAUGUUGGUAAAGUUGCAUUUCAGGACCCUAGCUAUCCCGUCUUUCGGAAUGUCAAAGAUUAUGGUGCAACAGGUAAGUGUCACGCCAGCUUUUCACCCGCUCUGAGUUCGAACGCUGACUGUGAGUUCUACACAGGCGGAGGUGUCCGGGAUGAUACCGAUGCGAUCAAUCGUGCGAUUACGGCACCUGGUAAUCGAUGUGGUGGUGGUAAUGCGACCUUUGGAAGAUUCUGCGAAUCUUCUACCGUCACCCCAGCACUGGUUUAUUUCCCGCCUGGCACAUACUUGGUCUCCAGACCGUUGAUCAUGUACUACGGCUCACAAAUAGUGGGAGAUGCCGUCAAUCCCCCAAUCAUCAAGGUACAAGCCAACUAUACCGUUGGCCAGCUCGGUUUAGCCGUUUUUGAUUCAUUGCCAUAUAUUCCUGCAGGCUCUGGUAACCAGUGGCAUGCAAAUCAGAACAACUUUUUCCGUCAACUGCGAAACUUUAUCAUCGACAUGACUGGAGCACCAUUAAACACUGCUGGUAUUCACUGGCAAGUUGCUCAAGCAACCAGUAUGCAAAAUAUCGUCAUCAACAUGGUUCCCAAAGAUGUCUUGAACAAUAAGCAGCAGGGAAUCAAUAUGGAGAAUGGCUCCGGUGGAUUCUUUUCUAACAUGGUCAUUACGGGCGGAGCGAUUGGGGCAUACCUGGGAAAUCAGCAAUUCACGACACGAGCAAUCCGGUUUGAUGGUUGUACGACCGCCAUCAAGAUGAAUUUUGAUUGGGUUUGGUUAUUUACACAGCUCACGAUUGUCAACUGUGAUGUUGGCAUUGACAUGACCAACGGCGGUGUUGCUAAUCAGGUGGUUGGCUCCCUCGUACUCAUUGACAGCAAUAUAGCUGCGACCCAGGGCAUCUUGACUGCAUAUAUCCCCGGCUACAGCUCUCCACAAGCUGCAGGCACACUAGUGAUAGAAAGAGUCGACUUCACGGCCAGCCCGACUGCCAUCUCAGCAGCAGGUGGAACAGCGGCACGUACCAUCUUAGCAGGCGGUCAAUUUGUCGAACUGUGGGCCCAAGGGAACGCUUGGACAACAGCUGGGCAGGCGCUCAACGGUCAAGUCUUCAAUGGCACUAGUUGCGUAUAUCAGAACAGCAGCCAGACAGCAUACACCGCCCAGGAGACCACUAUCCAGAGAGCGCUUGCACCCAUUCCUCGGCCCUCUAAUCUAGUCGAUAGCACCGGUGCCUACGUCUACCGUGUCAAGCCUCAGUACGAGGAGCUGUCGUGGGCGGACAACUUUAUCAGUGCGAAAGCAUUCGGUCUCAUUGGUGAUGGCGCAGCAGACGAGUCAGUGGCAAUGCAAAAUUUGUUCAAUACAGCUGCGUCACAAGGCAAGAUUGUCUAUUUUGACAAAGGUGCAUAUGUUGUCACCACUACUAUCAACGUACCCAAGGAUCUCAAAAUCACAGGCGAGUUACUCAGUAUCAUCAUGUGCCGUGGUCCAUACUUUCAGGACGAGUUCAAUCCCAAGGUGAUGUGGAAAAUCGGGAACCCGGGAGAAGUUGGCACGGUAGAAUUGUCAGAUCUCAUGUUCGAGACGCAGGGUCCCUGUGCUGGUGCGAUUAUGAUCGAAUGGAAUAUCAAAGCUGUAGGUCCUGCAUUGGCGGGCAUGUGGGAUGCACAUUGGCGUAUUGGUGGGACCGCUGGCACGAAUUUACAGCAGAAUACAUGCGUCAAAACUCCGGCUGUUCCAAUAGCACCCGGUCAUCCCAAGCUGUCGGCUUGUAUCGGCGCAUUCUUGCUGCUACAUGUGACCAAAGAAGCCGAUGGGUAUUUUGAGAACACCUGGGGCUGGGUCGCAGAUCACGAGCUGGACAUGGAUGACAGAGAACAGAUCUACAUUUUCAACAAAGCGUAA